AUGGCUCAUAAAGGGAGUGUAGAACCCGUUAUACAGGUUAACACGAUUGUCGGCACAGGGCCCCAACAUGUAGACUCUGACACAUUCAGAAGGGAUCAAGAGAAGGACGAAACGCUGAAGACAUUUUGGAACAAAGCUAAUACAAAAGAGGUGUCAUUGACAAAAGGUGGAUGCAUCUCAUUCACAGUGAAAAGGGGAUUGCUAUUCAAGUCAUACGAGAAUAAGCGAACCGGACUUGUCAAGGAACAGUUAAUUGUCCCAGAAAACAUGAGGUUAUUAGUUAUGUCAAAUGCACAUUCUGGACCCUUGGCAGGCCACAAGUCCAUCAGAAGAACGAGGGCGCGGGUGUAUUCUCAGUUUUCCUGGCCCGGAGCAGACAAAGAUAUUAAAAUGCAUUGUAAAACUUGUGAUGUCUGCCAGAGAGCUAGAUACCCGGGUCGAGCAGGUAAGGCUGAAUUAGGUAGAAUGGAUAUCAUUACAACACCAUUCACUAAAGUCGCAGUAGACAUUGUGGGCCCCAUGCAAAUGACCAAUAGAAAAAACAGAUUCAUCCUCACUCUUGUCGACACUGCCACAAGAUGGCCAGAAGCUGUAGCGCUGAAGGAGAUUAGCUCAGAAACAGUGAUUGAGGCACUGAGCACAAUUUUUACAAGGAUAGGUUUCCCGGAGGAGAUUCUGUCCGAUAAUGGCCCGCAGUUUAACUCAGAAUUGUACACACAGGUCAACAAGUUCUUCGGCAUAAAAGGCAUCAAGACUACACCAUACCAUCCUAAUUCAAAUGGAAUGGUUGAGAGAUUUAAUGGAUCUCUAAAACACAUGCUGCGUAAGUUAGCGGCUAAUGAACCGGACGAUUGGGACAGAUUCUUGGGGGCCGCUUUAUUUGCAUAUAGAGAAGCGCCUAACGAAUCUACUAGGUUCUCCCCAUACGAAAUUGUAUUUGGCAGAAAAAUGAGAGGGCCCAUGUCAAUACUGAAACACCUCUUUACCGACGAAGGCACGAAUCAAGACACUAGAACAGUAUACGAAUAUCUAGUGGAUCUCAGACAUAGACUCAAGACAACAAUGGAAUUAGCGCACGCUAAUGAUAUGGUGUUUAAAAGGAAGACAAAACUGAAGUAUGAUAAAACAGCAACCCCUAAACACAUUAGUGUGGGAGAUUAUGUUCUGGUCCUCAGACCGAAACGGAUAAACAAAUUAUCCCUUUUCUGGGAUGGGCCCUACCAAGUUACAAAACGUAGUACAAAAUUUAAUGUUACCAUCCAAAAGGGGAGAAAACUCAAAACUUACCACAUCAACAGAGUCGUGAAAUACCACGAUAGAAAAUUCGGGGAACAACCGCCUAAAGCAGAUGGUGGCAGCACACACUUGCUACACGGGUGCCUGGCAUCAGUGAUUAGCGAGGCAGAUUUCGUGGGACCAGGAGAAGCCGAAGUCGACAAACAAAUGAUCCCCACUAUUUCGUACACAGAGACACACAUAUCCAAAGAGAUCAUAUUUAACCAACGUCUGGAACCACAACAGUUAAACGAUCUCACAUGCCUCGUGAAUGAAUUUUCUGACAUUAUAUCAGAUAUUCCCGGCAAGGCAAAAGUUGAAGAGUUCAAAAUUGAGACUACUUCCGACAUACCAGUGACAUUAAGACCGUACACCGUGCCUUUCAGCCUAAAAGCAAAUCUGGAUGAGGAAAUCAGGAACAUGAUCAACCUGGGUAUUAUAGAGGAAAGUACUUCAUCUUACUCAUCACCUGUUGUGAUGGUUAAAAAAAAUGAUGGCUCCUUACGCACAUGUAUUGAUUAUAGGAAACUGAAUUCAAUUACCAAAUUCGAUGCAGAGGUAAUCCCUGACCCGGAAGAUAUAUUUGUAAGUUUACAAGCAGCUACCAUAUUCUCCAAGAUUGACCUAACGAAAGGGUUCUGGCAGAUCCCUGUUCAUAGGGAUAGUAGACAGUUCACCGCGUUCCGAGUACCGACGGGACACUACCAGUUUCGCUACUUGCCGUUUGGUUUAAAAAAUAGUCCCUCCGUAUUCGCCAGGGUUAUAAGAAAGCUGUUAAAAGGUAUACAAAAUGUAGUGUCCUACUUUGACGAUAUAUGUGUAUAUUCAACAGAAUGGACGGAACAUCUGAGGGUGUUAAAAGAAGUAUUCAUGAAACUACGAGAGGUCGGCUUGACCGCUAAACCCAGCAAGUUAAUUUUAGGUUUCCCGAGCAUCACCUUUUUAGGUCAUGUCGUGGGUGGCGGGAGUCAAAAACCCGAUCCCGCUAAUAUUGACAAGGUCUUGCUGCUCGGGACACCACGAACCAAAAAGGAAGUCCGCAGCCUGCUUGGUCUAGCUAACUACUAUAAUAAAUUCAUCCCUCACUUUGCAACCAUCGUAAACCCUCUGACCGAACUUUUAUUAAAAGGCAAGCCCACAAGGGUAAUGUGGACUCCUGAGUGUGAAUGUGCUCUGCGGGUUAUCCAAUGUUAUUUAAAUAAGGAACCUAUUUUGAAAUUACCUAAUUUGUCAAAAUCGUUUUCUCUGCAGACUGACGCAUCGAAUGUGGGUAUCGCAUGUUGUCUGAUGCAAACAGUGGACGGCAUCCUGCAUCCGGUUAAGUUCUUGAGCAGAAAACUACUGCCACGGGAGCAACGCUUCUCUGUGAUAGAAAGGGAGUGCUUGGCCAUAGUAUGGUCCACACAAAAACUAUCCAGAUACUUGUAUGGAAAAGAAUUCAAGCUGCUAUGCGAUCAUAAACCUCUGGCAUUUCUUCAAAGCGCCAACUAUGGCAACUCCCGCAUCUGUCGGUGGGCCCUUGCUCUACAAGAGUUCGCCUUUACAGUAGAACAUAUCAAGGGGACUGAAAACUUUGCAGCAGACAUUCUAUCACGAGUUUUCUAUGACAAAUAG